AUGCAGUACACGCCCUUCAUCUCCGACAUAGAGUUGCCCUUCUAUUCGUCCCUGGCCUCACUCAAGGUUGACCAUGACAAACUCGAUGACUCUGCGCGCAAGGUCUUGGGCUUGUAUGAAAUAAAACCGUCUGACCGCCCUGAAGAGUCCUGUCGCAUGCAAAUAUUGGGGAAUGCUUUGCUCAAAGAUGAUGUCCCGGCGGGCUACUAUCGAGCGGAGGGUAUGAUUAAGAAUGUGAACACGAUGGAGGAAUACCGAAAUGCAGAUAAGCCAGCGAUAUUACAGCUAGCAGGAAAGACUAUAUGGGAAGCUAUUAACGAUGGGACCAUAUACUCGUGCCCUUCACUGCUUGCAUCUUUCACAGUUCUUUCAUUUGCGGAUCUCAAGAAAUACAAAUUUUCUUACUGGUUUGCUUUCCCAGCCAUACAUUCAAGUCCGCCAUGGGCACCAGCAGCAAGCUCCAUCAAUAAGGAAGAGGUGGACUCCACUGGCCAGAAACCUUCCAGUAAUGCAUCACGGCAGUUGACUGGGCCUGAGACUGUGAAUUUGGUGGACGCUGUACAGACAUGGCGGUACGGCGUUGAUGCUCGUCAACACGGCUUUUUCCUUGCCAAAAAAGUAUGGACAAAUCCCGACGAGAAGCCACUAAAGGGGCCGUAUGAAUGGCAAAUCUCACCACUUUCUGGGUAUGAAGAAGGGUUCUUCAAUAACUCCAAGGAGGAAGAUUGUUAUGUCUGUUUUGCCGACCCUUCCAACUAUGAUGAUGCGCCAAGCUGGGUGUUGAGAAACCUUCUGGUUCUUGUCCAGAAAAGAUGGAAGCUGAAUAAAGUCCAAAUCAUGCGAUACCGAGACCUGCAUUCAAGGCGAGAUCAAGGAAGGACUUUGAUAAUGACAUUGGAGACCGACAACUCUCAAACAAGUACCAACACGGAAGGAAGUGAUGCCCAAUCAAUGUUGCCCAAGAUCACAGGAUGGGAGCGGAAUUCAGCAGGAAAGCUCGCGGGCCGAAUAGUUGACCUCAAAGAAUACAUGGAUCCUCAAAGACUGGCCGACCAAUCCGUAGAUUUGAACCUCAAGUUAAUGAAGUGGAGGAUAAGUCCUAACCUUAACCUGGAUGACAUCAAGAAAACAAAAUGCCUGUUGCUAGGUGCAGGGACUCUUGGAAGCUAUGUUGCAAGAAACUUGCUCGGCUGGGGUGUGAACAAGGUCACAUUCGUCGAUAACGGGUCUGUUUCUUUCUCGAAUCCGGUCAGACAACCUCUGUUCAACUUCAACGAUUGUCUUGGAGGAGGCGCAAAGAAGGCUCUUCGCGCUGCUGAGGCUCUAAAAGAAAUAUACCCCGGUGUUGACUCGACUGGACAUGUUCUCUCUGUGCCAAUGGCAGGACAUCCCGUGGUAGACGAAGAUAAAGCAAAAGCAGAAUUUGAGUUGCUUAAGAAGCUUGUUGAGGAGCACGAUGCCAUAUUUUUAUUGAUGGACACUCGGGAGUCCCGAUGGCUUCCAACGUUGCUAGGCAAAGCAGCUGGAAAAAUAGUUUUAAAUGCUGCUCUGGGAUUUGACACUUUCGUAGUGAUGCGUCAUGGUUCUUUGGCGACAGCAGGGUCAGCAAAUGGGCUCGGAUGCUACUUUUGCAACGAUGUUGUUGCACCGGGCAAUUCCACGAAAGCGCAGACUUUGGAUCAGCAGUGCACUGUCACACGACCGGGUAUUGCCGCAAUUGCAUCCGCUCUUUUGGUAGAGCUCUUUGUCUCAAUUGUUCAGCACCCACAAGGCGCUGACGCUCCAGCAACUACCUCGUUGGACGAAGACAGCACUGAAAACCCUCACCCGCUCGGUAUAGUGCCUCAUCAAAUCCGGGGGUAUCUUUCCAGGUUCAACAAUGUCAUUGUCACCGGCAAAGAUUAUUCUUGUUGCAGUGCCUGCUCCGGUCGGAUUAUUGACCUGUACAUGCAAGAUGGCUGGGACUUUGUUAAGAGAGCCAUGAAUGAGAAAUCAUAUAUCGAGGAAGUAAGCGGCCUUAAAGAGGUCCAGCGUCUGGCGGAUGCAGUUGCUGAGGGCAUGGGAUUUUCUGACUCGGACGAUGCCGAUGAUGACGAAUUAGUCGAGAUUUAA